AUGAUACAACCUCAUCACUCAGUCAGCCAGGUCCUGCAUCUGAAAUUAGUGAAGAAUUUUCAAGGUUAUAAGGACGUCGCUUUGAGAGUUCAAAUGCCUAUCUUCCACGAAGGCUGUAGUAAUAUAGACCUAUCAUUAUCGGAAUCCUCGUUUUGUCUCCAUUCGAAGCCAUCUACCUGUGAGAGAGAGAAGAAAAGACAAAAGAUUUCCGAAGGAGGUACAAGUUUAGAAGCAGGCAGCUAUCCCAUCAGAAAAACUACGGAGCUUGGCAAAGAUAAGAACAAUGCUCUUAUAAAUCUGAAAUGUGUUGAGUUGGUUCCGGUGCUUAAUUACAGAAAUUCCUCAACCUGGGUACCGAACUAUGGUGUUGAACCAUUACAGCUCUGUCACCAGAUGUCUUCUGGUUUUAAAACUAGUAUCCCUAAAUUUUUAAACUCGAACUCAGGCAUUGUGUCUUUUCCACGCCAGGAUGCCAACAUGAAUCAAGAUAGACUCCCGGUAGGGCACGAAGAUGAACGGUCUCGCUCUGAAAUUAAUGAUAGAGAUCACAUUCAAGGUGCUCACCAAGAAAGUUCGGGAAAUGAGUCUGUCGCACUGCCAAACAAGAGACAAAUAAGAUCGAUAUCGUGGUGUAGUAAUCAAUACUCCCAGCGUACGCCUAAUUUUCACCAGAAGAUCUACGCACUACCAGCAGACGAAAUUAAUAGCAGUUGUGAUCGUCCAUCACACGAGCUGUCAUUGUUUUCCUACAACCCAUGCUAUGUGAGGAAAUUCCCAACAAGCCCACUGGCUCACUCCGAGAGCAAUGGCGACCUAGAAAAUACCUCGAUAGAUUAUUCAGGUACAAGCACAACAGACUCUAGAUAUCUAUCGGGAAAAUUUUGUCAGAGACUCUGCUCCGAUCGUGAUUCAGAGAUAAAAUACGAUAAUUGUUUAAGCUCUAGGCCUAAGUCCAAUAACUCACUCAAACCUCAUUGCCAGAGAUUCAACAUCAAAAAGUCUUCUUUAUUUAAUGGUGUUCAAAUUCAUCAUGCAUCUAUGGUAAUUUCGUAUGAAGAAAGCAUUAUCCGCGGAAGGAUGUCUACUACUCCUUCAAAACCCCUUAACUUUAUUGCCCAGAUUGGCGUUUUGGGCUUCGGGAAAUGUAAGCCCAGCUUACUAUGUCCUGCUCAUGUAACGGUAAAUUUCUCUGCAGUCUUCUAUUGCUACGAGACAAGUAUACAUGGCAACAUUACAGAAUGUGAAAAUGGGCCAAGCCCAUAUGUAGGUCUAAUUGAUCUAGAAAAUAAACUAUCGACUCCAAAACUUGAAACUACUCACCGAAAUGAUCAGUUAAACUAUCAUAAAGCACCAAGCUCUAACAAAACCGUCGAGAUUAGUGAUGUACGAGCUGAAUCGGGAAAUGGAGAUACUCUAGUUUCAGCCUCGGAAGACAAUAGAUAUCGACCAAUAAAACAUAGAGCUCCUCCAGGGGGUAGCUAUAGAAUACCUAAAGCCGGACAGAUACAGAUUAUCGUUAAAAAUCCCAAUAAGACUGCUGUAAAAUUGUUCCUUGUACCUUACGAUCUUGCUGGUAUGAAGCCUGGUACAAAAACAUUCAUCCGUCAACGGAGCUACUCCACAGAGCAGUCUGGUGCCAACUCUGCUGCUCCAAAAGAAAAUUUUAUGUCAAGAAAUAAAACUGAGCGAUCGACUCUACGCUAUCUAGUUCAUCUCCAAAUGUGUUCACCGUCACGUAAUCGAUUUUAUUUGUAUAAGGGUAUCAGGAUAGUCUUCGCAAACCGAGUGCCAGAUGGACAAGAAAAGUUACGAAAUGAAGUCUCAAUGCCAGAACCACGGUUUAGUGCUUACAAACCUGAUGUUAAUAUUUCUGAACUCCCAUGA